AUGCAUUGGGAGUGGAAAAAUUGUCCCACGGAAUGGAAAGGGCAAUAUGCACGGGGUCAUGCAAAACCAACAAUCGUUUUAGAGGCUGUCGCGUCGUAUGAUCUGUGGAUUUGGCACGCAUUUUUCGGACCUCCAGGUACUUUAAACGACAUUAAUGUUCUCCACCGCUCACCCGUGUUUGAUGAUAUAUUAGAAGGUCGAGCUCCUAAGGUGUCAUUCUCUGUUAAUGGACACCGAUACAAGAAGGCUUACUAUCUCACAGAUGGUAUAUAUCCGGAAUGGUCCACUUUUGUCAAACCAAUUCCUCAGCCGGAGAACCGAAAGCAAAAUUAUUUUGUGCCCAUCAAUCGUUUGCCCGCAAAGAAGUUGAGCGCGCUUUUGGAGUCUUACAAGCUCGAUUUGCAAUUGUUAAAAACCCGUCUCUUACCAUGGAUAAGGAGAAGAUAG